UUCUCGUUUGGGUUUGGAGCUGAGUCUCUCGCGUGCAAAACCCUCAACAUGAAGCUGUUGUCGAUGGUUCUGGCCCUCUUAGUGGCCCUGGCAGGCUUGGUGACCCUGAGCAGUGCCAUGCCUGAGCCUGACCCCGUGGCUGACCCUGACGCCGUGGCUGACCCCGAUCCCUUCAAAUACAAAGGCGGCGGUGGAUACUACGGAGGAGGUUUCCGAGGGGGGCAUGGAGGUUUCGGCGGAGGUUAUGGAGGUUUCCGAGGGGGAUAUGGAGGCUACAAGGGUCAUGGGGGCUACGGGGGUUUCCGAGGAGGCUACGGAGGCUACGGAGGUUUCGGAUACUUCGGCAAGAAGAAGUUCGGGUAAAGCCUCUGCUGUCUCUGCUGCCUGACGCUCGGGCUUCCCUCUCAGACGACACCAAAGUCUGGAAUUCAUAUCGGCUGUAUCUUUGAUCCGGAAAAUAAAUCAGACGAACUAA